AUGUUGUGUGCUGCAGAUGCAGCGCCCGUGGAGAUGAGCGAGAGCGUGCGCCGCCCCCGCCCCCGCCCCCGCCCGCCUGCACAUCAUGCCGUGCCAAGCUCUUCUCUUCACGCUCUGCACGCUCUAUUGCACCACUCUCUUUGCUUGAUAUUUCGUUGCAUUACAAACACGAGUCGCUAUCUCCUACAACAUGACCCACUUCUUAAAUAUUGCUUUGCUAUCACGAGGAAAAUGGCGAAUAUGUUCACUGACGCAAGUAAUAACUCUCAACGUUACAAAUACGUCGAUGCUCUCCUCGAGAUGUUUACAUUCCGCGUGCGACGUGGGUUAGUGGAGGCCUUGGGAGAUGCUCCCCAGGCUCCGGCUCAGCAGCCAGCAGUCAUU